CGCCGGGGACACGACCGCCCAAGACACCGCAGAUAUUACCAGCACAGGCGGAACCGAUACGACCACCGAUUCCACCGCAUUGUUCCUGGCCAAAACGACGAGGAUAGAUAGCACGACCGUCGCGCUCAAUGAUGAGGAUACGACCAAAGCUGGAGGCAGCAAGUUGGUUCAAGGCCAGGACCCUGCCAAUGACCCUGUUUCUCUAGAACUCUUCUUUGACCCUGUUACGAAGGCCACGGUCCUCAGGGGUGCCCAGGCAAAUACUGCCCCAUUCGGAGGUGCUAACAACAAUGGAGGCGGCCAAGACACCGCGGAUCCAGAGCCAGUUGAAGAACCCGCUGCCACGACCACCGCCGCAGCGGAAGAAACUGUUGAUGCCACUGGCACUUGCCCACCAGCGUCCACUGUCACCGUCACCGUUGGCGCUGCUAGCACUGAGACUGCUGCCGCUACCACUGAGGCCUCCGCUACAACCUCCGCUGAGGAGGCCGACCCUAGCGGUGCACACUCUUUUGUCCUCAUUCCACAAGGUACUCAUGGGAAAAAAUCUUUACAGGGCCCCGGUUUCGAUGGACGCAAGUUGGCAGAGUUCAGUUUCCAACCUGAGAACCGCAACGAGUUCGCCCAAAGCAGUGCCUUGAACGGGUGCCAGGCCCCUCAGGAAACCGUUGACGCCUGCAGGAACGCAAUCGUCGCUGUUGCCAACGUCGCUGGAGGUGCCAAGGCUGAUCAGUUCAACGCUGCCCUCGGCAUUGAGACCAACUUUGCUCAAGUCCCAGCUGCCGUCGGUGGAGGUGUUGGAUCGGCUGACUCUGUCUCCACCGCCAACUUCAACAACUGCGAGGCACCCCAAAUCGCCUUUGGCAUCUUUGAUGGCCGCAAGGAGAACUCGUUCGCCCCUGCCACCCCAUCUUUCGUUCACGGAUCCGCUUUGAACCCCAACAUCAUCACCCAGUUCAUCUGCGACCAAGUCAAGGACAGGUGCAACGCCAACCAAGUUGCCAUUGACAAGUGCGAGGCCGCCAAGGCCGCCACUGUUGGUCUCACCGGACAAGCUGUCGCUGAUGCGUUCAACGCUGCUAUCUCGGCAUAA